UAUUAUCGUUAUUACACACACACUCUUUUACACAAACACAGACAUACAACGAUGACCACUAUCACCGAACCGCACGCCCCUGUCUCUCCAACCGGCCAUGCCGACGCUACAGCCGCGACCACCGCCACCAAGACCGUCACCGGUGCUUUGCAGGCAGACGUAGAUCUCGAGGCCUACGAUGAAGAGCAAGUCAGGUUGAUGGAAGAGAGGUGUAUCUUGGUAGAUGAUCAGGAUGUGGCGUACGGCGAGGGCAGCAAGAAGCGAUGCCACCUCAUGUCCAACAUCCGUCAAGGCCUCCUCCAUCGCGCAUUCUCCGUCUUCCUCUUCCGCCCUGCCGACGGCGCCCUGCUCCUCCAAAAACGCGCCGACGAGAAGAUCACCUUCCCCUCCAUGUGGACGAACACUUGUUGUUCCCACCCCCUCUCUACAUCGCUCGAACGGGAAGAAAAGGGAGAGAUGGGUGUGAGGAGGGCGGCGAUUAGGAAGUUGCCGCACGAGUUGGGCGUACCGGAGGGAGCUUUGGAAGAGGGGGAUUUCACGUAUCUGACAAAGAUCCAUUAUUUGGCGCCUUGUGAUGAGGAUGACGAGGAUGGUAUUUGGGGGGAACACGAAGUCGACUACAUCCUCUUUGCGACCAAAGACGUCUCGCUCGACCCGAACCCGAACGAGGUGAGCGAUGCGCGGUACGUGACCGAAAAGGAGUUGAGGCAGAUGUUCGAGGAUAAAGCCAACCUGUUCACACCCUGGUUCAAACUCAUCUGCAACCACCUCCUCUUCCCCUGGUGGAAACUCAUGCUAGACCGGUCCGCCGAACAAGGGUUGGGACGGGUGGAUGCCAAGGUGUUGGAAGAUCAGAGGGAGGAUGGGAUCAGGAAGUUGACCUGAAGAUCCGGAAUCCUGUUUUGGGGAUCUGUCGGGUCGAGCAGGGGGGAAGUGCUUCAUGGUGGGAUGAUCGAGUUUUGGGUUUUUAUACUUGCUUUAGGGAGGAAUUUCCUCUUGCUACAUGUUUUCUGGAUCUGCAUUUUUGUUACGACACAUUCAUUUACUACGCAAG